UGCAUGAACAGUUUUCUGCGACUCCUUCUCGUGUGCAAAGCCAAACGUAUCGCACUGCCACUGCCAACGAAUUCCGACUGGAGUGAGAGGGAAAGAGAGGGAAGAUCGGAGAGAAGGGAUAUCUCCCGUAUCAAUUUGAACGUCGGAGAAACAGCACAAAAGCGGGCAGGGUGACAUUUUCUACAGGCAUUGGAAGAGAAACCUUCCCUUUGCAUCGAAUAUGGAGCUACCCGCCGCGGGAGAGCACGUCUUUGCGGUGGAGAGCAUCGAGAAGAAGCGGAAUCGAAAGGGGAGGAUGGAAUACCUAGUCAAGUGGCGAGGAUGGUCUCCAAAAUAUAACACGUGGGAACCAGAAGAAAACAUUCUCGACCCGCGGCUGCUUGACGCUUUCCAAAACAGGGAGAGAUACGAGCAGCUUAUGGGAUAUCGCAAAAGAGGGCCAAAGCCAAAGCACCUGAUGGGCCAGGUCCCGUCCUUUGCCCGGAGAUCCAGCGUCCUCUCAGGCCUUCAGGAGACCGCCCUGGACGAKGACAACCGGCAGAAAGUGGACCCCAUCCAGACGGUGCGCUCGCAGACGCAGCAGUACCAGCUGAACAGCAAGAAGCACCACCAGUACCAGCCCCUGCUGGCCAAGGAGAGGGAGGCCGAGCAGCAGGCCAACGGAAAGAAGAAGCUCUACUACCAGCUCAACAGCAARAAACAUCACCACUACCAGCCUGACCCCAAGAUGUACGACAGCACCCAGUGCAUGAAGCCAAGGGAGGCCACCAAAGCUCCGGAACUGCCCACCAACCACAGCUGGAACCUGCCUCCCGCGCUGCAGCARAAGUGGGUCCGGGACAAGGACUCUGGUUGCCUGAGCAAAGUCAAGGAUAUCACCAUGGAGCUAAAGAAGCUUCCGGCUCACCUCAACGRCCACAGUGGCGAAUCGGAGCAGAGCAAGGCCACGGCCAAAGAGGACGCACCGCUGUUGAAGGAUAACGGUGUCAGCGACAGCAAGCUGAAGAUCGUCAAGAACAAAAACAAGAAUGGACGCAUCGUCAUUGUCAUGAGCAAGUACAUGGAGAACGGCAUGCAAGCGGCAAGGAUUAAAAAUGGAGAUGUGGAAACCCUUGACGAACCGCAGCCGGGCAAUGAUGAUGAUGCUGCAGAAAAUCAACUUGAAAAGAUGAGGCUCGUCCAGAAACUGGGUCUCACCAACGGAUUCGCGAAAGACUGCAAAAAAGGGUCUAAUGGAUCUAACGUAUUUAAGUGUCCUGCUGACAAGGUCGACUCGCCCAAAAUGGAGCUUAGUGCGACAGAGCAGAAUAAACAUUUCAAUGUCAGGGGUCAGAAGGAGGCUACAGAGGAUCAGCCCCUGCAGCUGACCACCAAACCUAACCUUGCCCCUUGGCCCUUUGAGAUGGGGGUUCAUAGGACUCAGMCAGGAAACGGCUCUUCUCCAGCCCUCAAACGUCACCUUUCGGAGGCAGACAAGGGCGAGGACCGGGGUGGCUGUAAACAGUUUCUAAACUCCCGGAGUAUCAGUGCACCCUGCACUGUGUCCUCACCUCCUCAAAGCAACUCCAUGGACCAAAAUGGCCACCAUAGCCACAAUGGCCACCAGGACGAGUCGAACCAGGACGAGCCCAUGGACCUCAGCUGUGUGAGGUCCAGACGGGAGGCUCCAGUUCCCACAGAGACACAGGUGGCUCCUGCUGAGGAGGAGAAGACUGCAGAACAGACAAAACCGCCAUUGGCUAUCACAACAGAACAGACUGUGAAAGGGAAGCCUUUUCCUUCAUUCAAGCCUUUCCUUGGGAAUAUAGUCAUCACGGAUAUUACAACAAACUGUCUCACGGUGACAUUUAAGGAAUACGUUACAGUGUAACGAAGCUGAAAAAGACGAUCUGAGGACGAGGGAUUAACAGCAACUGUGUGAAUUUGUACAAAUSUGUGUUGGAACAUAUUGGUAUUUUCAGAUGUUUGAAUGUAAAUAAGAACCCUUACAGUUUACAUUUAGUGGGGUUGAGAUUCAUUUUGUUUCUAUAAUUUGUAUGUACGUAGCUUUGGCUAUCAUUCUCUAAAUGAGCCCCAGAGUUUUUGUCAUACUUGAUGAUGUAGGCUUCUAAUUGAGUUACAAACUACUUUAGUACAUGCUAUUUUGACAUAUGGUAUCAGGGCUCAGUGAAAAAGCACUUACUCAUGUAAAUAUUAUUUACUUUUGAUAAAGGCUUUAUAUCCA